AUGAUCAGGAGACUACAGCAGGUUGAGCAGAUGGUGCAAAACUUGGCACCCGGCCACACAGUCGAAAAUGUCGCUCACUCGCCGAGCUCGAGACAUCUCCACGUCUCUCCACUUGCCCACCUGGGGUUCGAAAAUCUGUGCGAAGAGUCAUACGUAACGAAUCCCGAUGUUUUAUACCGUCUCAUACGCCGAGACGCACUACCGAUGGCUAGGAUAGGGGCGCCUGAUCAGCCAGUUGUCAAGUUCCGAUACCAAAAUUACAUGAUCGGCAACCAAACGUUUAGCAAGCUGUGUAGCCGAGCACUACAUCCAAACUUCCCAAUUCUCAAUCUUUCAGGGGGCGCGAUGCAUCCUAUACCAAUGCUAGACACGGCGCUGCAGUGUCUCAGAAUCUUCCUAGAAUCGGUGAACACCGAUUUCCAGUUCUUUCGAAACGAGGAGAUCGACAGCUUGUUCCAGAAUUAUGUCCAGGGGCAGUCUUGUCCAAGUCAAGGCGCUUAUGCAGCCAUCAGCAUGGUGUGUGCAUGCGCCUCGUGGACGUUGCAUGGCGCCCAGAAUGCGAUUACGGAGAGGCUUGUGGAGACCGCCAUGCGGGUGCUGCCCGGUAUCAUGAUGGAGGCCCCCGACACAUUAGCAGUGGGCGCGAUGCUCCUGAUGACGACCUAUCUUGAAUCCACGUCUAGAAGCUCUGCAGCUGCGACUUUACUUGGAUCAGUAACGCAGAUGAUGUUGCUGGCUGGAUACCAUGUGGCAACAUCUUCUGGAGCUCUAUCGACCGAUCAGCUUCACGACAGCCGGCUGUUAUCUCGGGCUUAUGUUAUGGACCAAAGGCUGUCACUGCGACUUUUUAAAUCCCCUCUCCUGACUGCAAGGCUAGUUGUUGGUUUACCUGACGAAAAUCCUGUUGACCAUCAUGGAGUUAUCAAUCUUCCGGAAGGUCGCAGCGUCAACUAUCUACGGCAGCAAGUGCUUCUUGCGAAGAUACAGGCCAGAGUGUACAACGACCUCCGAUCGCCUCUGCCUUGCGCAAAAGGCAGUCAGAACCACUUGAAAGCCACCUCAAAAUUACUUUCAGAGCUUCAGCAAUGGGCAAAUGACCUGCCUGCGUCUUGUAGGCCUCCAAAUGUAGCAGAAGACUUGCCGAUUUCCCAUUCAUUGCAGAUUACCUCUCUGCAUCGCAGCUACUUCCAAACAAUAAUCGCCAUCCACUCCUCCAUAUUUUGCCACGUCCCAUACUUCAGCGACCCCGCCAUCCGCGGAAUCACGAUGAAGGUAGUAGAUGAGUGCGCCUCUGCCGCAAGAAACAUUCUCUGUCUUUCCAUGCACACGGAAAAAGGCCAUCAGUUCAUGCUGGAUGUGUGCCAUGACCUUGGGUGGAGUAUUGACGGAUUGCUGUUAAGCAUCGUGCUAAAUAGGCAGACUCCUGGCGCCCACCAAGACAUGGAGCUUUUGAAGAAGUUUGUGGCGUCUUUUGAGGCAAACAAGCCACAGCAUGAUGGGAAAGUCGUUUAUGAGGCUUUGACAAUCAUUUACAAGAGCGCCCUAGAAGCUCUGAGCCAUACGAACCAGGACCAAGAUCAGCCUGAUCCUGCAUGGUCAAGACUUCCGGUGCCAGCUUCCGAUCUGCAACUCAAUCCACCCAGCUUUGAUGAUCAUUCGGACAACACAUGUAUCUACUGA